AUGGCAGGACCAAUAAGUGAAAUGAAACGGGUAUACAAUUAUGUUGCUCCUAAAUCGCCUUCCGAACUCAUCGAUUGCAGUAGUUUUACAAUUGACUUUGAAAAUCGUAAGUUUUUAAACAUGGGAUUCGAACCAAAUAAUCAGUUUGAUAUCGUGUUGCAAAUAAUUACUCCAUCGCGAUAUGUAAAUAUUUCAUCAGACUUCUUGAAGCGUAUUUUUUCAUUAAUGGGUAAUAUUUUAUCUCACAUUCUCGAUCCCGCAGUGAAAUACAAAAAAAUUAUAUUUUUGGAAUGUGAAUUGGUUUUGAUCACAAGCAUGGUGUAUAAGGGAGAGCACGUGUUGGUCAUCGAGUCUAAAGAAAUAAACGGAUGCAGAAUUUAAUUGAAUCGAAAUGAUCUGAUGGCACUUCAAGAUUUAGAGUGGGCUAUUUUCGAAACUAUAUCAAGAAAAAACGAUAUUGUGAAACCUAUUAUUUUAAACCAACUCGAUCAAAUA